AAUUAUAGAAUCCGGUCUUUUGAGUAUAACUGACAACACCUUUGUUAUGCUACGGCUGUCAUAACGUAUUAGGAAAACUUGAUCAUAGAAUUGUUUCACUCCCAUAACAGUCAGGCGUUUAUCUUUUUUCAGAGUCCGUUUACAUUUUUCAAUUCCUCAACGGUACUCAAAUAUUUAUUAAAAUAAACUUCGGUUACCUUUAUUAUAUUUUAACAAUGAAUGAACCUUUUUACAGUAAACAGUUGCUGUCAUGUUGGCUGUUCUCUUAGAAAAGCGCAUGAUGUGUGAGAAGGAUUGAGUUCAUCAACAUUUAUUUUGUUCAAUUUAUUCUCUUCUUUUUAUCGUUUAGAUUUUAUGGUAAACAGGAAAAACAAAAAUCUCGUCAGUCUUCUCAACCACCACCUCCUUCUUCAUCCACCAACCAAAAUGUUGAUUUAUAUGCGAUAUUAGGUGUUAAUAAAACGUCAACCGAUAAAGAAAUAAAAUCUGCCUAUUUAUCAAAAGCUAAAGAAUUGCAUCCUGAUCGAAAUCCAGGCAAUCAAGAUGUAGAAGAAAAAUUUAAAUUAGUCAAUCAAGCAUAUGUUAUACUUAGUGAUAAACAUCAGCGAGAACAAUAUGAUCAACACGGAUAUUCUAAUGUUAAAUAUAAUUGA